AUGCCGGCCGCUGGAGACGAUGAGAUUACCAACUUGGUCGCGGACAUUGUCGCUGCCUCCAAGCUGGCCCCUAAGGCCCGCGCGACGCUCGUCAAGCCGUCGGUCAACAGCCUGGCGUCGCUCGCGUACGAGCGGGGGCUGCUCCCGGAGGCGCUAGACGAGCUGCUGACGCUCAUCACGACGCCGAACCUGCUGGACCAGGCGAGCCUGGGCGUGCUGCUGCGCAGCCUGUACCCGGUGACGCGGGUGUCGGGCGCCUGCGCGCUGCGCGUCGUGGGCGCGCUAGGCCACGGCCGGCUGAAGCCGUCGAUGGCGAUGCAGGCGCUGCUGCUGCGCUGGCUCAUCAUGGUGCACCACGUGCUCGAGGCGCCCGGCGUGCUGUCGCAGGCGUACCCGGUGCUGUUCAACCUGCUUGACACGGCGGCGAUACGGCCCCAGCUGACGCAUCUGCUGGCGCUGAUAACGAGGCGGAAGCACGUGCGGCCGUUUCGGAUCCAGAAUUUACUAAACUUGUCACGGCAAACAGGUAAUGAUCCGACGCUGGUCGGUUUGCUGCGUGUAUACAAAGACUACUACCCGGAAAUUAUUGUCGGCGAGGCAGUGCGCGGACGAGCUUCUGCGUUCAAGCAUCCCGAUCCGUCGUGGGGGGAAAGACUGGCUGCACUACAAGAGGCGCAUCUGCAACAGACGCAAGAGCGCAUGUCGCGGCCGCGGGAUGCUUUCCGCGUGCACAAGACUGUCGGGCGCGGCCAGAGGAACAAGGCCCUCCCGUCUGUGCACACCUCGCACGCUACAGAGGACUCGGUGACGCUGGAAGAAAUUGAAAACGUGCAGAGCUUUGUGGACAAGAUGGACAAGCUGGAGCUGCCCAACCAGCUGGUCGCGGUGCUGGCCGACCCCCUCCUGCAGAAGCUGCUGCUGCUGCGGCCCAGCGCCGAGUCGUUCUUGCGCGUGGCCAACUGGCUGAACGCGGCGCUGCAGGAUGUCCUCGACGGCGACGCGGACGAUGCGAUGCUGUGGGAGAUUAUGGAGGUUGUGCGCGACUUUGUGGUGCAGACCAAGAACUUACCGUCUACUGUGCUCAAUUUCUUUGCACGCUUCUUUUCGCUCUGGAGCGGUUCGGGGAAUAAAGCCUGCAUCUUUGAGAUUCUUGCGUAUACGCCCCUCCAUGACUUCCAAGAGCUGUACCGGGCUGUCUUUCAACCCCUGGAAGCCGCCGUCGCCGAUAACCAGCCUGCCACGCAGCUGGGGCUGCUCAACAUGUACACCAACUUGGUGCAUCACUGGGCCGCCGUCCUGCGCUCCAACAAGAACAUCCCGGCCCACGCCAGCCGCACCAUCACCAGCACCGUGCAGCACGCCGGCACGCUCGCCCUCACCCUGCUGCAGACGGACCCGACGCUGUCGAGCGAGUCGGCCAUUCUCGCCUUUUACGAGCAGAACCUGGCGCUGCUCACCGACGACGCGCUCAAGCACUACAUCUGCAUCGGGCUGCCGCCGUCGGUGCUCAUCUACCUGCUCGUCUUCAGCCAGUCGCUGGCCACGGUCGCGCGCCUGUGCCACAUCAUGGCCAGCUACAAAAAGGGCUUCGAGACGGCCAUGAAGAUCCGCGGCAGCCCCGACACGCCCACCAUUGACGCCUCAUCGUACACAAACGACGACGUGAACCGCUACAACGGCAACCUGCUCGACAUUGUCAACCUGCACUGGCGCAUGCGCGCCUUUGACGUGGAGAAGGAGGUCGAGCAGGGGUGCAUGCUGCCGCGGGCGGCGCGCGCGCGCCUCGCGCGGUACGUGGCGGCGGUGGACCGCGGCGGGUUCGCGCUCGCGGCGGCGCUCUCGCUGUCGUACUCGCCGCUGUUUUGCCUGCAGAGCAUCGAGACGCUGCGCGUGCUCGAGGACCGCCAGAUUGCCGACGUGGACGCGGCGAUUGAGACGCGCCACGCGGGGCCCGUCUCGCAGGAGAGCCUGCGCAAGCUCGGCACGUCGGGCGGCAUACGCAUCGGCUUCAACGGGUACCGGGCUAGCGUGCUGGAGACCCUGCGCGCCAAGGGCAUGGCCGGCGUCGAGGAGCUGCUCAAGGUCAGCAUGCCGUCGGUGGCCAAGGCGAUUGAGAGCUGGGCUGGCAAGGACUCGUGA